GCAGAGCAUGAUUGAGUGAGUCAGUCUUCAGUCUGGGAGCAGACAGAGAGGAUCAUGCGGCGGAUAGACUUUCUCUCCCAUCAGCUCCACUGCUGCCAUCAUUAUCUUCAUCAUCGUUAUCAUAUAAAUCAAAGCAAACCCAGCUGAGGAAUAAUGUCAUUUAAUAACAGCACGGAAUCGACAGAAGUGUCGGACUACCCCUGUGUGCGCUUUUACGUGUCCACCUUGUCCUUCUCGGUGCUGCUUUUCUUCAACCUCAUCAUCAACUGGACCAUAGUUCGCGAGAAGAGGUUGCGCAGACAUGCCCGCUUCGUGCUGGUCUUCCACCUGCUCGUGUCCGCUCUGAUUCACCUCGGCAUGAGCAGCAUCUUCUACUACCAGAUCCACCUAAAGGCGAAACCGAGCCGCUCCGCGUGCCUGAUCAUGAUCACCGUCCUGAUCAGCAGCGCCUCCAACAUCCUGCUGACGCUCACAGUUAUGGCUUUGGAUCGGUUCUUCGCCGUGUGCCACCCGAUGCGCUACACCUCCGCCUGCACCGCGGGUCACUGGCCUUGGCUUCUGGGUGCGCUCACGUGGCUGGUGGCUUUGGUGAUCCCCCUCAGCUUGUUUCUCCAGCCGAACCCUCAGGUGGAGUAUCACGGAGAGUGUGGCCGGGAGAAGCUGAAGAGAGGCGAACUGCAGAAAGUUCUCUUCAUAAGUGUGUGUUCGCUGCUCAUAUUGUACAGCUAUGUGAGGAUACUAAUGGAGGGGCGGCGGUUAGGCGUGCUCAACCGGCGCAACAGGGCCGGGUGUAAGACGAUCGCCCUGCACGGCACCCAGCUGGCUGUUUACAUCCUCCCCAACUUUGUGAUCUUCGUACUAACUAUUCUCAACAAAAAGGAGUUCAUUCGUCGAGAGACCAAAGAACUAUCCGCUGUGGUUGUUUUUGCUUUCUUCAGCGUUGCGCAGUGUAUUGCGCCCGUUGUUUACGGUUUGCGUAAAGAAGAACUUUUGGAACAGCUGAAUCACAGGUUCCCCUGCUGCUCACGGUACUUAAAGCCUCUCCUCGGCUGGACUGUUCGAGCCAACUGGCCCCAUAAGGAACACAUAUCAAGGGAGCGAACGCUGACAGCUCAGACAAUCAUCUCUGCGGAGAUCCCACAACCCCAAAAGGAAGAGGAAGAGGAAGAAACUGGUCCACUGCCAAUCACAUGUUCCUCACAUGAUUCACACACUGGACAAAGAACAGCAGAAGAUGCCUGAUGGGGAAAAAAGUUGGUUAAUGCCAGGAUUUUACCAGUAACACUUCAUUGUGCAGCUGGUGUAUUCGACUCAGGGGCCAAAAGGAACAAGGGAAACAUCUUUUUAUUCAGACUCCACAUGUCGGCCCAGAGGUGCGGCUACACGUGACAUCAGCGUGUUAUGUUAUGGUCUAUUUUUGACCUUUUCUAGAUGAGUAGUGUGGUAAAUUUACAGAGAAAAUGCUCACUUAUCAGAUCAAACAGCUCUCUUGGGGCAGACUUCCUCGGCUGGUCCAAGGAUUUACAUCAAGAAGCAUUCAGUUGACAGUCCAGCUCCUCCGAACUCCUGAAUCUUCACGGAUUUUGAUCACUGGGAUGGAAGAUGCACUUCAAUAUAUUGACUGCUGGAUGUUGUUGCUGUGUUAUUCAUACAGUAGAUAUUAAAAAAUUGAAAGCUAAAAGGUGCUGACCUUCUAGCAGCAGCCGUUGAGGGAAAGGUAUACACCAAAUUGUGCGAGGAAAAAAAAAAAGUCAAAUGCACAAAUAAAGUUGUAAAAACUUGGAAAAUGCUUUAUGUAAUAAGA